AGAAAAAUAUCCCCAAAAAGUUGCGUCCAACGUCCCAUGUUGGGCACAUAGUUAUGGUCAGGGACAAGGCAGCAGAGGCUGCUGCUGAACGUUCAGAAAAAAAUGAAGCGCUUGUCAAGUUCAUUGUGGAACAAAAGGGUGCAGAAGAUACACUGCAGGCCGUCGUGUCUGGAGAGAAGCAGCCCCACUUUGAAUUUACACAAAAGUGGGUUCCAAUAUUGUUUGAUGACCAACAGCUGGACAGGAUAGUUAAGUACCUGACAGGCUUCCUUCAUAACUGUGAAAAAAUCUCAGAUGAAGUCUCCAUCAUGCUGUCCUAUGACAAGCUUAAAUACAUCCUUGUUGUGAUGUUGCCAGAGGUAAGUCAAUAGGUGUCUUUUUAAAUGUAGAGGUAUGAGCAUAAUAACAUUGACA